AAUUAUAUUUGUAUGUAAAAAAAAAGGGAUGUAUCUAUACGUUUACAAUCUGUCGAUGGUCUUAAUCGAUGCGACCAAAAUUAUACGCUUUACAGAAUAUCUCAUGAUGGAAGACAGAUAAAAAUGUCAAACGAGAAGAGGCACGAGCCGACGAUCUACGAGGCGAUAAAUAAAAAUCGAGAGGAAGAGGAAAAACGCAACGUGGAGACGGAAAAGGGAGAAGAAGGAAAGGUCGGGGGGAGUUGGAACGGGGGUGGAGAAGGGGCUGGAAGAGAAGGUCUGGGAAACGCUUCAUGCAUCGGAGAGCACAAGCGCUCACGUAAUAACACGAUCGGAAAGCGAGCGAAGCACCGUCUCACGCGUGUACGCACUUUUCGUGCGCCGACACGCGUGGCUCUUCUUCACGUCGUAUGUGCCGGUAUCAGAAAGAAAGGCACGAGCGUGCGCGGCUCCGAGCGUGCUCGUCGAAACGCGCGUGUAAUAUUUAUCCUAGUACGAGCGCGAACGAGCAUCCUAUUUUUAUAUGUACAUCGUACACAGGACGCACGUCGCGAAAAUCUCAGCGCGCUUCGGCGAAGGGAGACUCGAAGGUCGACCUUUUUUUACCGAGUGAGAUAAUUCAAGAUAUGAGGUACGCGGUUUGACGAUUAAAGCUCGUGGACAAA